UGUACGUGUAAAUUUGCAGGUGUUAUUAGACGAAAUAUGCAACACCUACCACAAACAUCGUUUUGUACAUGCUACUGUACGUGCUUAGUCACAUGAAAUAACAAAUUUAGCGUGGCUUCGUAUAAUGGGACUGCCUCUUUCUCUGGGUUUGGGACUGCCUCUUUCUCUGGGUUUGGGACACCCUAAGUGUAUUCGUAACUUGAGUGCACGUGACAAAAUCGACCUAUUUAAGGCUUGUUUUUUUCCUUUUCUCCACUUUUUUCUCUUUUUUCUUUUCUUUUACUUUUUUACAACCAACCUAAACACUUUCCAAAUCUACUGCAGCGCUCACUCUAGCCUUCCUAAUCAGCUAAGUAUACUACACUUCCUCCUUAUCCAAACAACUGCUUUCCCAACACCUCUUUCAAAAACAAAAUGCAACCCAUCAUUAAACGCAAAGCACCCGAGGACAAUUCCACUGAGCAUGAGAGGCAAGUGUCAAAGAAACAACGAACCGAAAAGACACAAGGACCGGUGGCAGAUGUCGAUAGAGCUAUUGAUUGGUCGUCGUCUUCUGCAUGGAUGCGAUCAGUCGACUAUAACAGGAGAUAUCGAAAUACCAAUAGAGCCAAUGAAUGGUCGUGGUCGCGAACAUUCAGGUAUAGCAGCGGCGAUGCAAACAGGAUGCGCAGAACAUUUCUGCGUGAUCCGGUGACUGGAAGCACUUUCACCAUUUUGUGCUCUCCGUCGUACAACGCUUUCAAAAUGGAAACAAAAUGGGAGCCCGGAAAACCAGGCCGAAAGGAUAUGACUGUUGUUCGUAUAGAGUCUUCUGACGAUAAAUCAUCGACAACUUUAACAUCGGUCAAAUCCUCUACGGCCUAGGUCGGCGUAAGGUCCCGGACUCGUGAGCAAGGAGCGUCCGGAAGAGAAAGCGGGGGUCGGAAUUCAAAACGACGAAGGAGCCCGAACAGCAAUAAGUAGG